AACUCAGAGGUUAAGAGGAACUAAUCUGCAGCUGAAUGAGAAAGAAAGCAGAAGGACCUGAAAUGAAUCUGCUGGUCUAAGUGUGUGCACCAUCUCCUGUGUGCGUGGUUGGACAUAACAUCAGACUACAGCAGGACAGGCACGCGGGAGGUCCUCCAGGAUGGAUGUGCUUCUCGCUUCUCGGUGUGAUAAAUGGCAGCUGACUGACUCCUGCGGAUUGUGAAAAGAGCAUUAAAAGCAUCCCCGAUGGUUAAUGAGUCCUCCAACGUGAAAUUAAGCGUGAGCAAUCAAAAAGAUGCCAAAAUGUUUCAAAUAUCUGGGGUAGUCUUGAUGCUUGGUUUUGUUGCCCUGAUGGCUGUUUACUUCAUGAGAGCAGACAGCACAGUUGAUCGUAAGGGAGAAGAAACAGUUGUCAGCAUUUACCAAGAGGUGGAGGAGGAAGAACUCUAUGGAGAUCUCGAGAGAACCACAGGAAAUGAGGAGGACACAAACAGAUCCAAUGAUUCCUGCAGCUUUGAACUUGUGGAAAGUGUUCCUUACGACUUAGCUUUUGAGAUAAACAGCACUGCAGCCAAACCCUUGUACCACGCCUGGAUGAAUCUCCUUGAUACAGCCCAGGAAGAAAUUCAUGUGGCUUCUUACUAUUGGUCCCUUACUGGGAAAGACAUCGACGUCAAUGACUCAUCUUCAAAGCAGGGUGAAGAUAUUCUGAAGAGAUUUGAAAGAUUACUUGCAGAGAAUGUCUCUGUGUACAUUGCAGCAAGUAUGCCAACUUUGGCUAGAAAUUCAACUGACCUUGAGCUUUUAGAGAGAAAAGGGGCUCACGUUAAAAAAAUUGACUUUGGACAUUUGACAAGAGGAAUAUUGCACAGCAAAUUCUGGAUCGUAGACAUGAAACACAUAUAUAUUGGUAGUGCAAAUAUGGACUGGAGAUCUUUAUCUCAGGUGAAAGAGUUUGGUGCUGUGAUAUACAACUGCAGCUGCUUAGCCAAAGAUCUCUGGAAGACAUUUAGAACUUACUGGGAUCUUGGACAUGCUAAUGCUACCAUCCCAUUCCCUUGGCCUCAAAACUAUUCUACCCACAUUAACAACUCUAGGCCUCUGGAAGUAGAAUUUAACGGAACCCUGACAAAAGUCUAUUUUUCUGCUUCUCCUCCUGCGUUUUGUCCAGAAGGUCGCACCCAUGACCUCUUUGCUAUUAUCAGUGUUAUCAGUGCAGCACAUAAAUUCGUCUAUGUUUCUGUUAUGGAUUAUUUCCCUACCAGCCGUUUUGUUCACCCAGAAAGAUACUGGCCAGCCAUUGACAAUGCUCUGAGACGUGUGGCUUUCAACUACAGAGUACAAAUCCGGCUUCUGGUCAGCUGCUGGACCCACACCGACCCAUCCAUGCUCCACUACCUGAGGUCCCUGCGUGCUCUCAACAACCCUCACACCCACAUCAGUGUCAGCGUGAAACUCUUCAUUGUUCCAGUUUUGAAUCACACAAAUAUUCCUCAUGGGAGAGUGAAUCACAACAAAUUUAUGGUCACUGAUAAAGCAGCCUAUAUUGGGACUUCCAAUUGGUCAGAAGAUUACUUCACUAACACAGCCGGUGUGGGACUAAUUAUCAAGCAGAGUUCAACCAACCCAUGGAGAAGGCAACAGCCUGUCCAGGAACAAUUAAAAAGCAUUUUUGAGCGAGACUGGAAUUCCAAAUAUUCAGUGAACGUGGAAGAUGUGGAAGGGCAGAAAGACUGCAACUGGAGAGACAGACUCUGAAGUGAACAAGAGAAUACAUUUAAAAGGGAAAGAAAUACAAAUCUGAAUGUUGUUCCCUGUGCAAAAAAAAGCAGCUUGCUGUUUUAUGUCUUUUAUCGGAGAAAUUUCUUCCUCGUGGUGUCCAUGCUGCCUGAUGAUGUGAGAACUUCUCGUAGUUCAGUCUACCUGCCUACUCGCUAGUCAGCAUGUGACAUUUCCUCUGCUGUGUACCAUUACGCCAUCUCAGAGUUAAUGAAAUGCAUACGGUCUUGUAGCACAAGCUGUCUGAUAUUAAAGAGAGCACAGAAGAUAUACUCAGAUCUGAAUACACUGGAGAAGCAUGUCGCUAUUGCUGUACUGUGCUUCUCUUGGGGCGCUCUAUAUUCAACCAUAAUGCUCCACUAACAGCGUUCGCUUGCGUGUGUUUAAGCAUUUCUAAAAUAAAGUCCUGGUCACUAUAAGAUUUGAGAAAUGUAAGCAAUCACAACAGCAAGGUCAGAUUUUUAAAAGCAUCUAGGCACUUGUGGUGCAAGGAAGUGUGUGUUUAUAAAUGUUGAAUCUCAUCAGGCUGGAUGGAGCUCUGAGCACCUGACUGAGCUGUAGAUGUCCCUACUCAUUGCAGGGGGGCUGGCCUAGGUGGCCCUUAAUUCAAACAAUUCUGUGAUUCUAAAUCACUGGUUUUCACCAGCUGUACUUCACAGGUUUAUUAUCCUGCACCAACAAACACAUCUGGCCACAACCUGCAGGGAUACUUGCACACAGGAACAACAGCUGCACAGAUUUGUCCCACUACAAGGAGCACAUGUGAACGGUUGGUGAUUUUGAAAAUCUGAGACUUUACAUGUUUCAACAUGACUAUUCUCGACACGGGAGUGCACUCCUCUAGAUGGCACUCGAAGCUAUGUUUUCACUGCUUUUGAGAGGGUAAAUUUUGCAGGAAUAGGAAAACUUCUUUCUCCUUCCCUUAUGAGCUCAAAUCUGACAGUGCUGGAUAACUUGUUUAGUGAGGCAGAGUUUCUGGGUAAGAUAAGAGAAUGGUAUGUUGGGAUAAGGUUGAACUUACAAAGGAAAAAUGGAUGCUUACUAGAGUGAUCUUUAUUUUCUCUACUGCCAUCACCUGUCUUGUUUUUUUUCUCCACAGAUGAACGAGAGGUUUGCAAUUAAGACAAUUAACUGGAUCUCAGUGGAACUUGGUAGCUUCUCUUUGCUUGUUCACUAUUAAAAAGGUAGAAUGUGGUGAAAAUUA